AUGGAGAUCAACACCCAGAAGAAAGGAAGACCACUGGUUGAGGAGCUCUUCAAGAGAAUUCAGGACCUAGAAGACGGUCAUGCUCGCCUGAAACAAAAGAUGUUGAACCUCAUGAUCUCUGGUGACUGGCAAACGUCUAAUUUGGUACCUCGCCAGAGUACAGUCGCUGGGGCCACGGCUGCUCUUUCCUCUUUUCGGUAUUGUCUGUCGUUGAUGAGAGGAAUUUUUAGGGUUGGUGUUGAUUAUAGUAAUGAUGACCAUAGUAACAGUUCUGUUAAGCAUGAUGGAGCUGCCUGGGAUGGUGGCAGAGUGACUCCGUAUUCAGCUGUCAAGCUAACAGAAGCUCAGUAUUUCAAUAUAUUGCAGUCAAUUGAUGAGCCAAUCCAUAUAUCCAAUGACAAGGAUUGCAUAAUCUACAGAAACCGAGCUUGGGAAAACUUCUAUGGUUAUACUGCUGCUGAAACUCAUGGAAAAGCUAUUACUGAUUUUGUAAUCGAACCUGAAGAUGCCUCGAUAGCUGUGGAUAUUCUACAAGAAAUGAUGAAGGGGGAGAGUUGGAGUGGGGAGUUUCCUGUUAGGAAUAAGCGAGGGGAAAGGUUUCUUGUUUUUGGUUCCAAUAAACCCUUUCAUGAUGAAAAUGGAACAAUCAUUGGGAUUAUAUGUGUAUCGACUGCUCCACACCCAUAUCAAGAAUUGAGGCCAGGGCCAAGUGUUUCUGCACCUGAAAGGAUUGCUUCCAAGAAACAUGGACUUGAUCCUCAACAACCUCUUCAAAAUGCAAUUGCCUCAAAGAUUUCAGAUUUGGCUUCCAAGGUCAAGUCAAAAAUAAAGACAAGAAAGAACAACAUCGAUCAUGAUGGCAGGAGUGAAGACAAUCAUUAUUCCAAUAUUACCCCUUCUGAUUAUAAACAGCAAUCUCAAUCUGAAAUAUUUUCUUCCAUAGGCAAUGACUUUAUUGGGGAACCCACAACAGAUUCUAGUGGCGGAAAUGAAAACAGACCCAGAAUCCGUAAAGUUUUAUCUUUAAAAGCAGACGCAUGGAUGGGUAGAAAGGGAAUUUUAUGGCCAUGGAAAAGAAAUGGAAGUGAAGAAGAUACUUGUGAUAAAAGAACAGUUCGGUUUGGUUGGCCUUGGUUACAUUAUGAUCAGAAACAAGAGCCUGGUCCACGAAUGAGUUAUCGUGCAUCUAUGAAAGUAGAGAAUGAAGUGUAUGAAAGUGCAAGUGCUAGUAAUACUAAUGAGGCUUCGGGAUCACGAUUUUCUUCCUCUGAUGCAAGUAGCUUGGGGAGCACCAACACUAAUUCCGUUACUAAAGUUGACAACUUGGAUGCCGAGAUCGUGUGGGAUGACUUGAUAAUCAAAGAACAAAUUGGGCAAGGUUCAUGUGGGACCGUAUAUCAUGCAUUGUGGGACGGAUCAGAUGUUGCCGUCAAGGUAUUUCCCACGCAAGAAUACCCCGAUGACGUGAUACUAUCCUUUAGAAAGGAGGUAUGCCUCAUGAAAAGGCUUCGUCAUCCAAAUAUUCUGCUCUUUAUGGGUGUCAUAACUUCACCUCAUCAUCUAUGCAUUGUUACAGAGUUCCUUCCACGUGGAAGUUUGCUCCGGUUACUUCAGCGAAAAACAACCAAAUUACAUUGGAGACGCCGUGUUCAUAUGGCUAUGGAUAUCGCACGAGGCAUGAAUUUUCUUCAUCAUUGUCACCCACCUAUCGUUCACCUUGAUUUAAGGUCUUCGAACCUUCUUGUUGACAAGAACUGGACCGUGAAGGUUGGCGACUUUGGUCUCUCCCGCAUCAAGCAUGAAACUUACUUGACAACAAAGACAAGGAUUGGAACGCCUCAAUGGAUGGCUCCAGAGAUUCUUCGUAACGAGCAAGCAAAUGAGAAGUCUGAUGUAUAUAGCUAUGGUGUGGUAUUGUGGGAAAUUACCACUGAAAAGAUCCCUUGGGAUAAUCUAAACUCAAUGCAGGUUAUUGAAGCUGUAGGAUUCAUGAAUCAACGGCUAGAGAUUCCAGAAGGCGUCGAUCCACAAUGGGGAUCUCUUAUCGAAAGCUGUUGCUCCAGUGAAGCUGAAUCCCGGCCAACGUUUCAGGAAAUACUAACGAAGCUCAAGGAUUUGCAGAAGAAGUUGGCGAUUGAAUUUCAGGGCCUCCUUCGGAGGCGUCAAAAAGGAUUGUAA